AUGCGGGGGCUCCCUGUGUUCCGCCCCACCCCCAAGAGCCUCCCCAGCUCCUCCUGGGGAGGGAAAGGGUUAAGGGAGGCUGGGGUGCCCCCGGGGCCUACAGGCGGCUCUCAGGGUCUGCGGGUGCAAAUCCUCUUGGCUUUCAACAGUAUUUUUCCGGUGGGGGAAGAAGAACAGGUUGAUUCAGCUGAGCCAAGUGGGGACCAAGCUGCAGCCACAGCCUCCUUGCGCCAGAUGGCAAAUGCAUUUGCGACUAUUGCCCGUGCUUCCGUUCGCUGCGUUGACCGGAGUGACGCAGAAAUAGGAAAAAGGACCUCGAGGGCGCGAAGGAAGGUCACGCGGUGUCGCUCGGCGGCACGCUUUCCCCCAGCCCUCGCUCCAGAGGAGACAGCACCCGCCGCCGCCUGCUCCCAGAAAAGGACUGGAUUCUGCACAACAUCCGAUGAUGAGAUGCUGGGGCUGUUUGUGCUCUACGGGACCCCAGGGACCGGAAACUCCAUUUUAUUUCAGAGCGCAGCUGAGCCAGCCCGCUCCUCAACACUCUGCCGUCUGCACCGCUGUGGCUGGGACCGGGCAGUGCUGCACAUCCCAAAGGCCACCAAGUCACACCCGUGUCCCUGCUGCUUUGCCGGGAGCUUCUGCGAUGCGAGCGAUGUUUUGGGGGCUGAUCUCUUGGACUGCAGCUACUCCAUGCCUGACCGGCAGCUGGUCAGGAGGGUUGCGUCCCAGGUGGAAUUCCACCUCUCUGACGAGAACCUGGCCAAGGAUGCUUUCCUCCUGAAACAUGUCCAGAGGAACAAGGUGGGCUUUGUCAGCAUCAAACUGCUGACGUCCUUGAAGAAGGUAGGCAGCCCGUUGCGUUGGCCAGCCGGGGUGGGAGUUUCUUCGACCGGCUUUUCGGUAUCAUGGGUCCCCAUCCCUGAGUCCCUGCUGAGCAUCCCCCCCAGCAAACUGCUGCUGGCCUGGGAGCUGCUGCUCCUGGAGCAGGACAUGCUGCUGCUGCUCCAGAAGAAUUUCCUCAAGACCAUCACGAGGAUGUUCAGCCCCUUCGGCACCAUCGCCUCCAUCCGCAUCCUGCGGCCGGGCCGCAAGCUGCCCUCAGGUGUGCGGAAAUACACGUCAGACUUCCCCGAGCUGCUGAGCAAGCACUGCGCACUGGUGGAGUACAAGAGCCUGGGGAGCGCUUCAGCCUUGAGGAGCCUUGAGGACCUCGGCCGCCAGAGCGGUCCGCGUGGCGAGAGCAUCAGGGUGGUCCGGCUCUGCGGGAAGGGCUCCAAGAAGACACCCGGGGCCGAGAGGGAGGUGGCGGAGGAGCUGGUGGACCAGCCGGGUUGGAAAGCGCAGGCGGUGGCCGCGACCUUCCCCGACGGCCUCGGGGACUCCCUGCUCUGCAGCUUCCCGGAGUUGAACGGUGCCCAGGCGUUGCCACCCCUCCUCCUGCACAAGGACCCCUCGGCACCCUCCCGGCCCGGCAGCAACUUCAAGCCCAGCAAUUUCGGCAACGGCUUCAAUGGAUUGCUCCUCGCCAGCAAAGUCUUCCCUCCACUGGGGACAGGCUUGGGCACAGGCAGCUGCUACGGCCUCUGCUCCAGCACUGAGAGCACCCGUGGCUGCGGCUGGGGGAGUGGGGUGGGUGCCUGGGCACCCUGGCCCAGCAGCCCCUCUCCAGAUGCCAAACCUCUUGCCGGCAAUCCUCCGGCAGCGACGUGGGUGCCUGAGCCCCUCGGAUGCG